UCAAGAACACGUUGUGUGCAGAUUCUACUUUCUUCAGGUGUGAUUGUUGGUUCCCAAGCUGCUUCUUUCUCUAAGCGAAAUGGAAAUCCUGGAUUCCGCAUGGGAAGAAGAAGAGAGCUGCCUCCCUAUCCUUCCACUUGAUGAUGGGGCUUUCUCUCCUUAUCAUCCCACAACAUUGGCUCUCUUUCAGUUCUUCGAUGAAAUUGAUGAGAAUGGAAAUGUUCGAGACGACACGGGAACUUCUCGUGGUGGGAGAGAAAAGCAGAAAACACAAUGUAGAGGCAAAGAGAUGAAGAGACUAAUUGAAGUUCUAAAGCCAGAAGAACCCUUGAGCGAGCUUGAGGGACAUUCAAAACCAUGCUCCGACCCCAUAGCUGAUGAUCAGAAGGCAUGCAUAGAUUCAACCCCGGUUGAGGGAAAUGAAAAAGGAAGCUCUGAUGAGAAAAACGAAAUUAAUAAUCAUGCAAGAAAAGGUGACAAGUCCAUGGCUACUUUGGAAUCCAAAUUUGAGUCUACGAAAAGGAAACUCCAAGAAUCAUAUAAAAAUAUUGAGAACGCAAAGAAGAAGAGAAGGAUUCAGGUGAUCGAGUUUCAACCUCAACCAAUGCCUAAGCAAAUAGCUUGCCAUCAAGUCCGGCGUCCCACAUCCAAGAAGUGUAAUUCCCAUCUUUUGAUCUGCCAACAUUAGCAAAAC